AUGGCUGAACCAAAAGACAUUGAGCCUAUACCAUCUAGCGCUCCUGAUCCGGAAGAUGUUUCUGUUCAACUUGAAGAGGAUGAAAACACGCCAACGGAAGAGGAACUUGCAACUUUGAGGAAGGUGGCGGGUAAACUGCCAUGGUCUGCCUUCCUCGUUGCGGUUGUUGAACUGUGCGAGCGAUUCGCGUACUAUGGUUUGAAUGGACCUUUUCAGAAUUAUAUGCAACGCCCUUACAAAGACCCAAGUGGAGUUCCUGGAGCCAUAGGACUUGGUCAGUCUAGAGCAACAGGUUUGAGCAGCUUCUUCCAGUUUUGGUGCUAUGUGACCCCAAUCAUUGGUGCUGUCAUUGCCGAUCAAUAUAUGGGAAAAUACAACACUAUCGUUAUCUUUGCUCUAGUUUAUAUCGCAGGACUCAUCGUUCUGUUCUGCACCUCACUUCCUAUUGCCAUCGAGCAUGGAGCAUCCCUAGGCGGCUUGAUCGCAGCGAUGAUCAUUAUUGGCCUGGGUACCGGCGGAAUCAAGUCAAAUAUCUCUCCCCUUAUUGCCGAGCAAGUGAAGAAGAGGAAACCUGAAAUCAAGACCUUGAAGUCUGGGGAGAGAGUUAUUGUCGAUCCCGCGCGUACCGUGGAGCGUGUCUACAUGGUAUUCUAUAUGUGCAUCAAUACUGGAUCACUGGCUGCAAUUGCAACAACUGAACUGGAAUUGCACAUUGGAUUCUGGGCUGCUUUCUUACUUCCCUUAUGCAUGUUCCUCGUUGGAUUUACAGUGCUUAUUGUGGGAAGGAAACUUUACGUUGUUCGGCCACCAAAGGGUUCGAUCUACCCUCGCGCUCUAAGGGUAAUGUAUAUUGGCCUAAAGAACAGAGGAAACCUAGAAGCUGCAAAAAGCUCUUACCAACGAACCCAUGGAGGACACAUAUACCCUUGGGAUGACCAAUUCGUGGAUGAGAUAAAGCGAGCCUUGGUAGCUUGCCGGGUAUUCAUUUAUUUCCCUAUCUACUGGGUUUGCUAUCAGCAGAUGGUAAAUAAUUUUGUCUCCCAGGCAGCAACCAUGCAGCUCCAUGGUAUCCCCAACGACAUCAUGCAGAAUAUUAACCCGUUAGCAAUCAUAAUAUUCAUCCCGAUAUGCGAUAGAAUUGUCUACCCACUGUUGCGCAAAAAUGGCAUCAAGUUUAAGCCCAUCACUCGAAUUACUACGGGGUUCUUCUUCGCCUCCUUCGCAAUGGCAUAUGCUGCGAUUGUGCAACAUCUCAUUUACAGCAGCCCACCAUGUUAUAACAACCCCAUGAAAUGCGCUGCCAGCAUGGGUGGGAAACUGCCCAACCAAAUCCAUGUUGCCGUCCAAUCUCCCGCAUAUCUCAUGAUCGGGCUCUCGGAGAUUUUUGCUAGUAUCACUGGCUUGGAAUACGCAUACACAAAGGCGCCGCCCUCGAUGAAAUCGUUCGUCAUGGCCAUGUUCUUACUCACUUCUGCGUUUGGAGCUGCUCUUGGCAUUGCCAUAUCCCCUGUCGCAAAAGACCCUAACCUUGUGUGGAUGUAUACCGGGUUGUCCUCUGCGUCGGCAGUAGCUGGUGUUAUCUUCUGGAUUCUCUACAGUCGCUAUAACUCCACGGAAGAAGAGAUGAAUGCCCUGGAAGAAAAGGAAUCGACUGAAGAUAGGCCUGUUGCCGCAAACGAAACCUCCAUAAUCUGA